UCCCUUGUUUUUGCAGUGCAAUGUGGUAACUUUAGGGAUCGAACGUGCACUGGAAGGAUUUUGCGAAUGAGAGUGCCCUGACUACUGAACAAGGGAGCGGAUUGAGACACAGCCACAAUCUAAAUAACUUCCUGAUAUUAAAUGAUUAACAGUGGAGUACUCAUAGAGAUGAAUAAAAGGGCAUUAAUACAACAUCACUAACUGCAAGACUUUGUUUUCGCGUAGAUUGGUGAUGUAAUGUUGGGAAGCUGUCGCGUCGAGAGAAUGACGAGUCCAACAGAUCCUACACCGCCACCUGCAGGUGCCCGUUCAUCGGCGGAAAGUGUCAAGCUACGUUACUCAGUUAAUACGCCGACUUGAAAGUCUACACAUGUCUACAGUAGUGAACACACCACAGGUAUCACAUUUACUAUGUCUGCAAAUGAAGAACUGUAACUUACUUAAGUAUUUAUAAACUAUAUGGUGUGUUUAUUAUGCAUGGUCAGUGUAAGAAUAUAUUAUAUAAACAAGUUAAACUGUAUUCAUGUUAUUAUAUUACAAAAAAGUAGUAUGUAUUUUGAAGCCUUUUAAAGAAGGUUUAAAUAAUAAACACACUGUUUAAUAUUACGAUUAUAAGCAUUUGUCUACUUUCUGAUUAUAAACUUGUGUUAAUAUGUGGUGUAAGGGAGUCAAUACAUCGCAGAGACGUCUAUUUGAUGUCUGCUUUAACGUCUGUUAGAUGUCAUUUGUUUGCUCAUCUGCAAUAUGUUUGGAGAAGUUUCCUGGCGGGUGUCGUAUAGACAUUUAGAAUGUAAAACUGCUUUUUCUAAGAUGUUUAACAGAUGUUUUUACACAGCAGAUGUUUUCCAGAUCUUUAGCAGACAUCUUACAGACGUACCUGUGAAACCUGUGAAAAUCGACUUCAUACAUACAAUAAAAAUGAAAUUACCUCAAAACAAGCCGUUUCAAAGUAUUUUAAAAAGUAUUUUUUUAGAAGAGGUGGUGGUUUGUACAUAUACUGUAUCUCAAUGAAAGUCAGUGUGUAUUUGGAAAGUAUCGCAACGGUUGCAGUUUAUUUUAUUGUGCAGGCAUCUUUACUAGGCAGCAUUUCUAAUGCACAGGAACAGGAACCACCCAUCUGUUGCAGCCAAACGAAACCAUCCAAAGUCUUGAAUCAACAUAAUACGGCCCAGAUGCUUUCACACAGAUGGCACAGGCUUGGUCUUCAGCCUCCGAUCCUCUGGAGCACGCAAGAACACAUAUCUGAUCAUUAUAAAUCUCCAGUUGACAUCAGAACAGAAUCGGAAAACAGUCCUUUACAGGUCACUCUCACUGUAUCUUCAAGGAAUAAAAGAACAGACGAGAUGAAUACAGUCGGCAAUUCGCAUUCUAGCAGUUUGGAAACCUGCAAUCGUGGACUUCUUGAAGGUAACGUAACCGAACAUUGCUCUUUAAAUAACUCCAGCCGGAUGUCAGUUGAAUGCGAAGACAGUGACCUCUCUGAUCUAGAGAAAGACAAUAUUCCUGUCUUUAAGUGGGCAGCUCCUGUUGAACUGGACCUGAGGCCAGACUUGGUUGACAAAGAUCUGGAAUUUACGGAGGUGGCAGAAGAAGACCAAGGUUACCCCGAGGUUCUCCCCAUUCCACUUAAAGACUUCAGUGAGUCUUCAGAUGCUGGAUUGGAGAGUAAGGAUCCUUGUCUCACAGCUAUGGUGACACGCUUGCUAGAGCUGGAAAAACUUCAAGCCGCAACUUUACAAAAGGAACAAGGAAAAGCAGUCCGAUCUCGCCCGGCAACCGCUUUGGUACGGAGUGCCAAUCGCCUGCGACGGUUGGAAAGUCCUUGCAGUCAGAUGAACACUUGAGGACUAGAGGCAGCGAUUCAGUAUUAGCCGAUUUUUCAAAACUCACCCUUUCUUCGACCUCUCGUUCACGGUCUAGGCAACAUACCCGCCCCUUAUCACAUUCUGAUAGGGUACGAAAUCGAGUACAGCAAGCAUAUAAUGUGUGUAAAAAAACUAACUCCAGUACAGUCAAAUUAAGAAAGACACAAGGUCUUGCUAACAGUAAUUCAGAUGUGUCAUCAAAAUGCAACAGCGCAAAUGCUUCCAAGAUACGCAAACCCACAAAGAAAGAUAUGCCAAAGCCAAAAAAGACCUUGAAAAAAAACUUGUCUUGCAGUGUUCUCUUAAAUUAUAGUUUUCCUUGAUGCCGUUUGAUGUUUUUGUAAUGUAACAGUCUGAUUAGCCUGUUUAAUAAUAUCUGUUAACAACCCUAAGGGGAAAAGAAAAUAUUUGCGAGUUCAAAGUGGGACAAAAUAUUUUAUAUUAUAUUCACUAUAUAUUUCAGACUGGUUUGAAACAAAGCAUGCAUGUCUGUAGC